UUGUAAAGCAUUUUGGUGGGACUCGGUUCUCCUCCUCUCAUUCUCACCAUCCAAUUUUUCCCUUCGCUUAAUAUCGACUACUCUUACUUUUACUUUUAAUCAAAAUCAUGAAGAAAGCCAGGAGCAGAUUAAUAAUGAGGUUGUAAAAUCCUUACUUUAUAUUUGUUCCAAAUAUCGUGAAAAUUGUACAGUUUUCCAUGUCAUAUUUUUAAAUGAGUUAAAAACUUAACAAUUAAUUAGUUUGUAGUUCAUGUUAAUACCCUGUAAAUAGGUGACCUGUGCGCUAUAAAGGAGUCAUUUACUUAAUAUAUCAACAUACAAGAUUCGGAUUAGUAAACUAGUUUUGCGUAGCUUUUUAGUUGAAAAGGUAGCUGAAAAUGUCACUCCCUGUUGACGAUGAAGCCGCAAGUAGCUCGGACGACGAGGAGAUACCAACUCGUCGCUGUGUCGUUUGCCUUCGGAGGAGGAGAUUUACAGAGGAUAUCUUUGAUUCCUCAAAGCAACUUUAUUACAACAUUGACGUUCUUAUAGCUCACUUGAAUAUUGAGGUGAAAGGAACUCCUGCAAACACUGGCCUUUGUCCCGACUGUAUGAACCACCUCCAACGAUGGCACGUAUUUAAUUGUGCAAUAGCUAAGCGACACGAGGAGGCUAAGAACACAGGGGCAAAAGUGAUUGAGGAGAAAGUCAAUCUAAAAUCUUUUGAGGGGAAAGUGUAUAAAAACUAUAAGAAAAUUGGGAGAGUGAAAACGGUGUAUAACGAAGCGACACACGCCUACUAUGCUAAGAGACAUUUAACCGAGAAGGAUUGGGAUUUUUUCUGUGAUCAUCUCUUUCAUUCGAACUCCGUCAAAUCUGAAAAGUCUAAGGAGCUAGAAAAGUUCUUGACGAGCAGGGACAGACUUUCGAAAAUGUUUUGUAUCACGUGUCUAAAAUUAAUUCCAAAUGGGAAACGAGGAUAUGAAAAACACAUGGAGACGGAUCAUCAGCAGAGCCCUGUACUGUACCCUUGUGAUAUUUGUGGAAAUACAUUUCCUGAAAAAGACAUGACAGCCUCUACGGAAGAUUACUAUCCACAUUGGAUUUCGCAUUUUUAUUUUAACAAGUGUGACGAUUGUGGAAAACGAUUUCCUACCAAGCGUGCCUUGGGUCAACAUCGACACGCCGUUCAUAAGAAUAGACAAGUAAAAUGUGAUAAGUGUGGAAAAGUUUUGGCCAAUAAGAUGAGUUUAGAUCUACAUUUACUUCGGCAUUUACCAGAGAACGAAAAGAAAAAAUACAUGAUAAAAUGUAAAGUUUGUAAGAAAAAAAUUGCUCAGUGGAAUUUAAAGUCUCACUUAGCCACCCAUAAUGAUGACAGACCUUGGAAAUGUGAUCAUUGUGAUGCAACGUUUAAGAUGAAAGGAGCACUCGUUUCUCACAGGGACGUUGUUCAUUUUAAUUUAAAAAACCAUGUUUGCGGAACUUGUGGGGAUGCCUUCAAAAGUGCUAGCUCUCUUCGUGGCCACGUCCGAAGACAUGAAGGAAGAAAAGAUUAUAAAUGUGAAGUUUGCCUAAAAGAGUAUUACACUUAUUCCGCCCUUAAAGGUCAUAAAGUUGUUCAUCAAACAGUUCGGAAUCACAUAUGUGUUACAUGUGGGAAAGCCUUCAAAAAGAAGAAAGCGUUAGAUGAACAUGUAACAAUCCAUACUGGCGAAAAACCCCAUAGGUGCCCAAUAUGUGGUCGCGAGAUUCGAGUAAAGUCCAAUUUGUAUAAACAUAUGAAAAUUCAUAAGAAAUCUCAGGGCACGUCAGUCAUAACCGACCCACCAGAAGACCAAACCUCUAAUGCAAUAACAAAAAGACCAAUUUCUCCUCACGUCAACGAAGAAGAAGUGCACCAUCAUCAAGAUAACCAUCGUACCGCUAUCCUUACUGGCGAAUGCGAUUCUUCCUCUUGGCCAGCAAAUGGAACAAUGAUGGUCACCCUUGACAAUGGGACCGUAGUCAGCGAUGUCACCCCACUCGUCGUUAGCUUUGUUACCGCAGACUCCGAUGGAAUGCACCACCCCGGUGGCUCAGUCCUGGAGUUAAACAGUGACGAACAUGUUCAACUAAUUAACGACGUUGCCCACCAGUCUUCUGGAGUAAAUGUGACAAGAUCAAGUCAUGGGGGCGAGACGACCUACAUCCUCUCCAUAAUAUAAUGCUCAGAGUUUAUAACUUCAAUAAAAUAUAUAAUAUCGCUGUUCGCUAAUUGUGUUCCAUUCUACAUCAUGUUUCUGUAUCAUGUUUUAUAUUGUAAUUCAAUGCAAAUUAUAUAAAAAAUGUGAUAUGAUUUUAAA